AUGAGCUCGCAGCGCUAUACCCGGGUGAACGCCCAAGACGAGGAUGAUAACCCUCACUCUUAUCCUCUGAAUCCUACCCGGUCCAAUCUUACACCAACUUCUCCGCCGCCAUCCUUCCGAUCUGGUUCCCGGUCCUCUUCGCCCUCUUCAAGGCGACUAUUACAUGAUGACCCACUCCGACACAAUGAAGAACAGACUCUGGCAGAUGCAUUUGAAAGCGAGGACGAUUCUGACGAUGAUGACGAACCUGAUGAUCGCCAACGGCUGAUGCGUGCCAACCCGGAUCCCUAUAGACCCUCGGAAACCGGCCAAAGCGCCAGCGCGGCGGCAUCUUCAUCGGAAUAUGGAACUGAAAAUAAUAAUAAUACGGCACCAUCUGCAAUGAGUAGACGGCCGACAAUAUUACCGACUUUUACUUCAACAACGGCGAACAGCCGGUCGGUCGCUCCAUCGAAUGAUGGUGUCUUUGCCAACUUGGCAGCGAAGCCGGAACGGGGCGAGAAAAAUGAGGAUUUACCUCCUUCCUACGAAGAAGCGGCCGCUGAUGCAACCCCUCCGUACUGGGAGACCACGAUUUUGGCACCUGGCCUCUCAUCAGAUGAAGUCUACGUUGACGGACUCCCUGUGGGAUCUGUAUUUUCGUUUGUCUGGAAUGCGAUGAUCUCAAUGUCAUUCCAACUUGUCGGUUUCCUCUUGACCUAUCUUCUCCACACCACCCACGCCGCAAAGAAUGGUAGCCGAGCCGGUCUCGGUCUCACUCUGGUUCAAUAUGGUUUCUAUAUGCAGGGAGGAAGCGACUCUUCUGGCUCAGACUCGGGAGGUGGUUCCGAUUAUGCCCCGCCGCCCGACCCCAAUAGCCAUAACUUCGACCCCAACACAGUGGGGGACGGCUCGAGUGGGGGCGAUGGCGGUCCCUUAUCUGGCAUCAGUUCCAGUGAAUGGAUUUCAUAUAUUCUCAUGAUUGUCGGGUGGUUUAUUCUUAUUCGUGCCGUCAGUGACUUUCUCCGUGCCCGCCGCCACGAACAGCUGGUAUUACAGAGCCCAGAUCGUGGAUUGGGUGUACCUAUUAUUGCGGAGGGAGAACGGUCGGAAACCGUUGUCUAA